AUGUCAUACUCUAAUGUUGAAAAAAUGGAUAUGCUAAAAUGUUACACACAGUGUAGUAAUAAUGCUACAGCAGCAGUUAAGUUAUAUGCUGAACUUUAUGGUGACCGUACAAUACCCAGCCGUUUUACAUUUGCAAGGAUACAAAAGAAUUUACUUUCACAUGGUUCUUUCAAUAAAAAAAAUAUAAAAAGUGUAAGAUGUAAGAGAGUAAAGAGAGAUGUAAAUGAGAAAAAUACUGUUAUGGUUCUUGCACAUUUAUAUAAGGAUCCACAUACAUCAUUGCGUAGAAUAUCAGCUGAAACUGGAAUAACAUAUAGUUCUUGUCAAAAAAUUGCAAAAUUAAACAAAUUUCACGACUACAAAAUUCAAUUAAUUCACCAUUUACGUCCAACUGAUUUUGAAAGAAGAUUAUACAUGGUAGCUCAAUUCUUAACAAAAAUUGAUGAAGAACCGGAUUUCCUUACAAAUAUUUUAUGGACAGAUGAAUCACGGUUUACAAAUAAUGGGAUGAUCAACAGACAUAAUAGUCAUUAUUGGUCCGAUUCAAACCCUCAUUGGACUAAAGAUGUUAACUUUCAAGUUAAGUGGGGAGUUAAUGUAUGGUGUGGAAUUUUGGGAGACACUUUAAUAGGGCCAUACUUUUUUGAUGGUACACUAACUGGGAAUAAAUAUAGAAACUUUUUAAACUAUGAAAUUCCAAAACUCUUGGAAAAUGUAUCACUGGAGCAACGUUUAAAAAUGUACUAUCAUCAAGAUGGAGCCCCAGCACAUAACAGUAAUAUGGUUCGAGAAUGUUUAACAGAAAUAUUUGGAGUCAACUGGAUUGGCACGUAUAGUCCAGAAAUUAGAUGGCCAGCUCGUAGUCCAGAUUUGACUCCACUAGAUUUUUUUCUUUGGGGUUUCUUAAAAGAAGUUGUCUAUAUAACACAAUCAGUCACUAUAGAAGAACUUCAAAAGAAAAUAGUAGACGCCUGUGCAUCAAUUCCUAGGGAAAUGCUAUUGAAAGUAACCCACCACGAAGUGUUGAAACGAAUGGAAAUGUGCUUAGAAGAGAAACAAAAAACCGAAUAA